UCUUGAUUGUCAAGGCAGACUUUCUUUUCCUUUUCUCACUGUAGGGUGGACCCCUGGGAAUGUUAUCAGGAUACUUGGCAGACCACCUGCAGUGUACUGGAACAUCACCGGGAUCUGAUGAAACGAGUGACUGGUUGCAUCCUCUCCAACGUGAACACACCUUCCUUGACCCCAGUGAUUGGACAGCCUCAGAACGAGUCCCCACAGCCUGUCUAUCAGAACAGCAACCUCUCGAACAAGCCCACUGCAGCAAAGUUUUUGGGGAAGGUGGGAGAAAGCCUGAGCAGGAUUUGCUGUGUUCGUCCACCGAUGGAGCGUUUCACCUUUGUGGAUGAAAAUGCAAACUUGGGAACAGUGAUGAGAUAUGAAGAGAUUGAGCUCCGAAUCUUGCUGCUGUGUGGAAGUGACUUGCUGGAGUCCUUCUGCAUUCCAGGCCUAUGGAAUGAAGCUGACAUGGAGGUGAUAGUUGGGGACUUUGGCAUUGUUGUUGUGCCACGAGAUGGAACUGACACAGACCGGAUCAUGAACCACUCCUCAAUACUCCGGAAGUACAAAAACAAUAUCCUGGUUGUGAAAGAUGAUGUGAACCACCCCAUGGCCAUUGUCAGUUCAACUAAGAGCAGACUGGCUCUUCAGCAUGGUGAUGGUCAUGUGGUGGAUUACUUGUGUCAGCCAGUCAUUGAUUACAUCCUCAAGAGUCAGCUGUACCUGAAUGCCUCUGGCUAAAGCUGCCUCGGAGUUGCACCAUGGCAGCCCUAUUACUCCACUCUCCUACGGUUGUUCAUCACAAUUCUCUCUUUCUCACUCUCUCAUUUCUUUCUCAUUGCCUCUUGUGUGCAUCUGCCUGUUUCACUCUGAUGUCCCACCACCACUACCAAAUGCCGGGAAGUGCUGCAUACAACAACCAACCGAGUGCGCACUCCAUCCAGUAAUCUUCCCCCUUCUAGUUAGGAGAGAAAAUGGAAGAGAGGAUCAGAUGCCACGUGCCUCAGGGGGACAGCUUUGGUGUCUACCUUCCCAGCAUGCAUUAUUAGGGGAUGGAACAUUGCAUACCUUUCUAGCACACCUUGGAAGCCAGGAAGGUAUUUUCAUAAUACAUCAGCUAAAUAAAUUUCAGUGGGCCUUUUUAUUUUUAAUGCAGGGGUUUUUUCCUCUCCCUCUAUUUUUGGUUUUCUAAAAAAUUGCUGUGAUCCAUUCAAAUUAGAAUGUGGUUGGCAGAAGGAGAUUCUGACCCACUUGGUACAAAGCCCAGACUUUUUAGGUCAAGCAUGGAAGAUUUAGCUUGAAAAAGAAAGAAAAAGAAAAGAAACUGCCCAAAUUCUGGAUUGUGUUAUCUGAAGGAGGGGAAUUGCUGGGGAAAGGAUGAAAGAAUGGCAGGGAGGCAGAAUUUUCCUUUGUAAAUAGAUGCUUGUUUCUAAGGGCAGGGGAUUUAAAUGGGUUUCCUGUUGUGCUUUAAUCCCUUUUUUAAAAAGAGCACUCCCUAGAGUAGAAUAGCGACACAGAGCACACCUGCCUGGGAUGCUGCAAGUCAGUAACCCACCUUGCUUGUUCAUGGAAUGCCUUCAAUAAUUUGUCCCAGAUUGGCUGUGUCCUCUUGGUUUAAAGUGUUUAAUUUUCUGCAGAAACUCAUUUGGCUUUUCAGCACUUGUGGUGUCCACUGCACCCUUGCUAGUGUGAUUAGUUCAGGCUCGUUCAUUCGCAGCUGUUUCCCUCUGUCAACAUGCCUGCCUCUUUCAGCCUUGUGGGGCAACUGCAGUUAGUUCCACACUCAGGAAGAGGUAUUCUCCCCCUCCCCGAAACCUCAAGGAAAUACCAGCAGCUGCACUCGAUUUAGUUCUCAAAACAGGUAGCCAGUUGUGAUUGUGUUAUAGCUAGUGAGAGGAAUUGUAUUAUAGCUAGUGAGAGGAAUCAGUGAAUGUCUGUCAGGAAGAAAUGCAAUAUGGUUCUUCAGAAAUAAUGUGUCACAACAAAACCAUGAGUUGCACUUCCUCACUUGGCCCCACUAAACAGAGUUAGAGGGUAGAGAAAUGUGUCAAAUGCCUGAGGGGUUGUGUGUAUUUGCUUGAUCUGGGGAAGUAUUCGCCCGUGUGAUCCUCCAUCAGCGACUCUAGAGUGGUAUAGCCUCAGCAAGGCUGUUCCAUGUGAGAUUUCUACAAGCGUAGAUCAUCUAUUGGCUGGAGUGAAAGCAAUGCAUACUUCAUUCUGAGCUCUUGCAUGGCUACAUGUUUCUCACUGGACUUAGAGGUGACCAUCUGCACUGAAUACAGGGUGUGUCUCUGGAAAAAUCAGUAUUUAGAAUCUCUGGCUGCUUCCGCGUUGGUGUCCUUGAGUGCUAAUGCAAACCACAACCAGAAUUGUAAUUGUCUUUCCACACUAUUGGGGAUAUUUCGCUUUUCUUUUGUUUGUUCUGCUGCGUGACAUAGAUGCUCUGGAUGAGGAAGAAGGUCCAAAUAACCUGUGCAGUUAUUUGAGAGGGGGGAAAUCCAGUUGUUGUUGUUUUAAACAAAGAGUCAUUUAUUUAGUACUAAGCACUUACUCAUUUGAGUGUGAUUGUCCAUUAUUACUAACAAAAUGUCAAACAACCAAGUAUUUAAUGUUUCCUUUGUAUUGAAAGUGUUGAAUCAGGGGGGAAACUGCUUGUGGUGAUGAGUGGAGAGGUUUCUGUCUUCUUUUCCUUUAGUAAUUUAUUGUUAGAGUACUAAAACAUUUUUUUUUAAUUUAAGCAGUAUUUUGCUACUAUUUUAAUAUUAUAUAUCCAGAAAAGCAUUUUAGUGCUAUUUUAAAUAUUGAUGAAAAAUACUGUCUGAUUUAUAAAAGGGUGCCCACCACAAAGGUUAUCAUGAAUGACAAACUGGCUUGCUCAAUAUGUCACUGCCCGCAUCAAAACCACAUAUCAUUUUUUUAAAAAGAGGAUAAGAAUAGUGCUAAGGGCAUCCAUGUAUGUGAGGCUUGCACAACCCUUUUCAAGAAGAUAAAACUUUCUGGUAUUAGAAAAAAAGAUGAAGGAAACACUGAGAAAACAAAGAAGGGGUAUAAAUGGAAGAUGUCGUGUGGACUCAUGAAAUGUGAGUGAAUGGGGCAUGGGAUUCCACCCUAAAUACCUCCCUCAUUUUCUGUUGCACAUUCUUAGGCAGCUGCUACCCCUACAAGUGUAUGGCAACCAGAGAGGAUAGUGGCACACAGGGAUGAGAUUUGUGUCGCAACCUGGCAUUAUAGGACCACACCCCAAAGCAUUCACUACCCCUUAGACACUCACUGCUGUCACAGGCAGAUGUACAGAAGAGACCGUCUCUUUGAUGAGAAUUUUUCUACUCACAGAAGGCUUAGAAAUCCUACAUGACUCUAGAUAAGUAGCUAUUGCUGUCCUGUUCCGCGUUACCAACUACUAUUUCCAAAGCACUCUCUCUUUCACAUGCCUCCGUUUUAAGAGCAGCCACAACCUCUUGCUGGAACCCACGAUACAUCUCAAUGCUAAGCUGCAGAGUGCAAAACCAAGAAUGUAUCUGACAGUCUGUAUAUGUCUCUGUGUGUGAGAGAGUGAAAGGCAGAAAUUGUGGCCUUCCAAAAAGUUUUGAAGGACACUUUUGUGGGGAGGAUUAAAAAAAUGAGGUUAGCAAAGAAAAUAGAGGGAUGAAUUCUCCAUACUCUGGAACAAAAGAUGGGUUAUUCAGGCCACUUUCCUGUUUCAUCCAGUUUAGGACAGCAUGCCUUAGGAACAUAGCAUUGUGGUUCAGAUGAUGUAUAUAAUGUCUUAUUUGUCUUAUCUUUGCCUUCAUGUGCUCAGUUAUGCUUAUGGUUAGGGGGGAGGGGGAGAGAGAGCAGGGCGUAGCAUAAAUCUUGGAUGAUGCUGAUGGGAUUGGUUUGGAAAGAGUUGGCAAAAGUGUCAGGCCUUGACCCACACAUCAAAGGAGUGGGUUUUCAUUGCAGGGUGGGGAUGGGGGGGAGAGGGAGGGAAGGUGACUGUUUUACAUUACUUGCAAUUUUAAACCGUAAAAUUUGCUUUGUUUUAAAAAAAAGUUUUAAAAGGAAAAAAAAAGAUUUGAAUAUGCUAGUUAGGUCAUUGUUGCUAAAAUGGUCAUGGCCAAAAACAAAACAAAAUGUUUAAAAGGAUGUAAUAAAAAGAAAAUUACACUAAUGAAA